AGUGUCACGAAGCACCAGUAGUGUGGAGUUUCGCUGGUCUGAGAUGACGGACGCGUCAGGGCGCGGUUUUGAGGCGGAGUCUCUGAAGGGUGGAGAAGCAGAAGGGGGCGUGUCUAAGGAAAAAAGCUGCGCUGGGAAGCUGGGCUUACUACACCUGACAGGCUGGCGGACAGUUACGUUCCUGUUCUCUCUCUUGUUGUGCCUGGCUGUUGUCUUUGCAUUUUCAUUCAUCCUGCCCUGCCCCUUACGGCCGCGUUACCUGUCCACAUGGAACCGCACAUUUCCUGAUGCAGCCACGUAUGAUUUCCUGGCUGUUGAAGAUGCCAAUAAAGACAAAGUCUUGGAUGUGAUCUUCAUGUAUAAGGGUGCUGAAGCCAGCCGCAAUACGUGCAUGAGUGAAGAUUUAUCAACUCCAUGUCUGGUUUUAAUGGCUGUUGAUGGCACUAACGGGAAGAUGCUGUGGAAACGUCCUUUAGCAGCUGAAUUUGAUUGGGUGGAGUGUGGGGUGAAGGGGAUCGGAUUUAAAGGAACAGGAUGUUUGGUGGCUCACGCAGACAAUCUCACGGCCAUCGACAAACAGACAGGUGGGAUUGUUUGGCAGCUGUCGCGCUCUUCUGUGAUGAAUGGAAAGCUUCCGCUGAUCAGCGUUCUGGAUCUGGACUCUGAUAGAGCAGAAGAAUUAGCUGUGCUUUCAUAUAAUCCUCAAGCACCAUCAUUCACUCCCAUACCGACAGAGCUGGUGUUUUUCUCAGGGAAAUCAGGUGAUCAGAUUGGCUCAAGGGUGAAGGUUGAUCUGAAUGGUGUAUUUGGUCACCUGCAGUUCACAAUGGCCAGCGGAGCUUCAUACCUGCUGUUACUCACAGACUCCGGUCUCUCCGCGGUGAGUUUGCAGCGGUUGGCGUCUCAGGCUCGGACUGGUCUGGGGUCAGCACUGAAGAAAGAAAACAGCUGGGAGGAAAAAGCCGACAAUCAAACCGGAUUCAUCCACCUCUAUCAGUCUGAUUCUCUGAAGCGAGUGCUGGUUGUUCACGGGGGUUCUUCUCCGUCACUGCUGGUCCAGACUGACUCCAGCGUGUCACUGCUACACAUGGAGAAACUGAAGAUUGCAUGGACCACCAAUACCAGCACACUGCUCAGUGUGCCAACAUUUGGGCAAUUUGACAAAGAUGGAAUUCCUGACAUAAUGAUAGAGGAAGACCUUGGCAACCAAACCAAAAGAGUGAUGAUUCUAAGUGGACGUUCUGGAGAUGUCCUGUGGAAGGUGAACCUGUUGUCCUGGACACAGAGUCCUCAUCCAGCAUCUGUCCUCACACUAAACUCCUACUCUGUGUUCAUGCUUUGGGGACAGAAUCACGGCAAUGAGACAAUGCAUUCAGCAUUUCUGCUGCAUCCACGUUAUUCUCAACUUCUGCUUGAACUAAGAAAUCCAGCACAGAACAUCAUCUCAUUUAAAGCCUUACUGUUGGAGCGAGGUCGUCACGCCUGUUACCUCGUCUUGACUGGACCGGAUGGACGGCAGCACGCAGAAUCAGACGGGACGGAGUCAGUGGUUCUGACCAAACGAAAGAUCAAAGACAACAUAUCAGAAAGCAGCGUUAAGGGCGUAGCAGCAGAUGAACCCAUCUCCAAAGACACGGAGGAGUCUGUGAAAGAGGCGUUCAACAGGCUACGGUUCAGUGAUGAACUUUUCUGAUACAUAACCACCUAUAGGGUAUAUACUGACACGAAACCUCAACCCAAAAGACAUAAAGGCCUUGCAUUUACAACUUGCAUCCUACUUCAACAGAAUGUACACAUUUACAUACUGUACGUCCAGUGACUAUCAGGCCAUAGUCACAUAUUUUAAAUGGUAUGUUUAAACAAAUCUUCAGGUAUUUAGGGAAUUUAUGUCAUGUCAAUGUGAAUCUUUUGAACAAGUUAGAAAUUAUGUUUUGCAUAAAGAAUUUUUGGUAACACUUUACAAUAAGUUUCUAUUUGUUAACAUUAGAUAAUGCAUUAGGUACCAGAAACUAACAAUGAACAAUAUAUUGUUUACAGCAUUUAUGAACAUUAAGUAGUGUUCGUUAAUAAAAAUACAAUUGUUCAUUGUUAGUUCCUGUUAGAUCAUAAUGCA